AUGAACAAGGAGUACGAGGAUCUGCUCAACUACAUCACCACCUUCGAGCGCUCGCAACAGCAAGAGGAGAUCAAGCUCGCCGAGGAGGUGGCAAAGCACAAGCACACCCAGCAGAGCAUCCGAAAUGCGCAGGCGAACAUCGAGAGGUACAAGCAAUCGUUGGAGGCGAUGCAGAACAGCAUGAAGAACAUGCGUCGGCAGCACCUCGAGGAGAAGAAGGCCAGCAAGCAGCUCAGGGACGCUACGAAGCACCUCAAGGAAGAGCUCCGCCUUCUCGACGAGAGAGUCAUCAAGGCUUCGGAGGAGGCGAGCAAGAAGAGGGCAUUCUACACGCUGGCGAUGGAACAAGCCAAGGAGAGGUCGCGCCUUCUUCAGCUGGCCUACGCGAGAGGUGACUGUACGUCUGCGGUGGCAUCCCUCUCGACUUCCUCCUCGGACGAAGCGGCCGAGGAGAAGCAGCUGAAGCAGAAGCUGGAGCUGCUCAAGGCACGCCUGCAGACCGAACUCGACGAGAAAGAGAAGCUCCAGAUGAUGAAACAGAAGAAGAAGCGCGAUGAAGAGGCGGCGGCUCACCCUACUCCGAUGGACACCGAGAACGCUGCCGCUGCGAAGGUGGCUGAACGCGAGGCGGAACUGCUCCUGCACCGCAACGUUGUGCAAGGUCAGAAGGAUCUGCUGGAGCAACAGAAGAAGCUGCAGGAAUCGACCAUCAAGGAGUUCCAUGAUCUCGAUGGGUACGGCACAAAGCUGAACCAGACCUAUGAGGAGCUGCAACAGUACUGCUCUGAGCUCGAGGCUGCCGAGGUCCCGCCCUGCAGUCGAUGCAACAAGAAGAAAGGAGAGAAGCAUGGGCAACAGGAAGAUCCUAUCGUACAAGACUAA